AUUGUUAUUAACGGUAUAAAGAAGCUGACAAACUAAAGUUUCGUGUUAGUUUGUUGGAUUGUUCAUUUGGAUGAACACAAACAAUUGCGAACUAUUAAGUUUAUAACGCUUCGAAUCAAUUUUGUUUGUUUAUUAAAUUUAUACUUUUUUGUUAACAUAAUUUAAUCCAAUAGGUGAUAUUUAAAUCACCUAAUAUUUUGUGUUCAUGUCAUUUAAAUUGUGCUCUUAAUUGAUUACCAAAUUAAGUGAUUAGAUCCAAGUGGUUACAUAUCUGUGAUAUUACAGAGAUCGAGAGUGGAAAAUAAAUUAAAAAUUGAUCGCAACAAUCAAGGAAUCAAAGUGCUAUUAUUAUUAUUGUUUUAAAGUUUUCAUAUCAACAGUUAAUGUGAAUAAUAAUCUUUCAUCAGUAUUAACAAUUAAAUCGGUUGUUGAAAAUUAAUUAACCAUCACAAUGAAAAGUUUCAAGGAUACAUUAAGUUUAUUAACUUUUACCGUUACAAUUAUCUUAACCAUUGGAACCUUUUGUAAUGCCCAGAAAGUUGAUGACCUGAAAAUAGUUUGUUAUUAUUCCAAUUGGGCCGUUUACCGACCAGGACUGGCCAAAUUCACGCCACAAAAUAUCAAUCCCUACCUUUGUACUCAUCUCAUCUACGCUUUUGGUGGAUUAAGCUCUAAAUUUGAGCUAAAAGCAUUUGAUCCAUAUAAUGAUAUUAAUCAAGGUAAUUAUAAAAAGUUCACCGGAUUAAAGAGUUACAAUAAAGAUCUGAAAACAAUGAUCGCAAUCGGAGGUUGGAAUGAAGGUUCCCAAAGAUUUUCCAAACUCGUUGCCGAUCCCGAAUUGAGACAAACUUUCAUUAAAAGUGUCAUUCGAUUCUUACGAGAACAUAAUUUCGACGGACUUGACCUGGAUUGGGAAUAUCCCGGUUUUCGAGACGGAAGUUCAUCAGAGGAUAAAGAAGGAUAUUCCAUAUUGAUUAAGGAAUUGAGACACGCCUUUGAUAAUGAAAAUAAGCAAGGAAAGGAACGAUUAUUAUUAUCGAUCGCCGUUCCCGCUGGACAAGAUUAUAUUGAUCGUGGUUUCGAUGUUCCCAAGAUCGCCAAAAAUGUUGAUUUUAUGAAUGUUCUAACUUACGAUUAUCAUACUGCUUACGAUCCGGAAACUGAUCAUCAUUCACCAUUGAAGAGUCGAACGGGAUUAAGUAAAUUCGAUGAGGCCGCUAAAUUAAACGUCGAUUGGACAAUUAAAUAUUAUAUUAGUCAAGGUGCACCUCCGUCUAAGAUAAUUGUUGGUGUUCCUACUUAUGGUAGGUCGUUUACUUUACUUGAUGGCGGUCGAACUGGUGUAAGUGCACCAGCCGAUGGUCCUGGCGAUGCUGGGCCAGGUACACGGGAGAAAGGUUAUCUAGCUUAUUAUGAGAUUUGUCAAAAAAUCGAGGAGGAAAAAUGGGUUGUCAAGAAUAGUGAGCCCACGAUUCAGGGUCCAUAUGCUUAUCAUGAUAAACAAUGGGUCGCCUAUGAUGAUGUCGAUAUUAUCAAAGAAAAGGCCAAAUUUAUUUUAUCCAAUGGUCUUGGAGGUGCAAUGGUUUGGACUUUGGAUAAUGACGAUUUCCGUGGUCUAUGUCACGGUCAGCAAAGUCCAUUGAUUAACGCACUGAAAGUCGCUCUCUUAUCAAGUCAAACUACCACAGAAUCAGUACCAUCAACAUCAACAACAAUCGCACCAGUAACUCGAUCAGUUUCAAAUGGCCGUCGACCAGGUGGUAAUCAAAUCAGUCCAUCUGAUUCAUCAAGAAAUCGACUAAUUCCAGCUGAACCUCCAGUACCCGCUCAAUCAGGAAUAAGACGUUACACUUCCGCUCGAAGGACAACAACCACUUCGACAACACCACCACCAACAACAACUAAACCAUCGACAACAACAUCAACAACAACACAACGUCCAACAACAUUAAAAGAUUUCGUUACACCAGAACCACCGACCACUCCCGAUCCUGGUGUACCUUUCGAGUGUCAAGAUGAAGGUUUCUUCAAGAAUCCAAAAGAUUGUCGCAAAUACUUUUGGUGCCUCGAUUCAGGUCCAGCCAAUUUAGGAAUCGUGGCUCAUGCAUUCACUUGUCCGUCAGGAUUAUAUUUCAACACGAAAACAGAGGCUUGUGAUUAUCCCGAAAACGUCAAAUGCAAAGUUACAUCAACAUCAACUUCAUCAUCGAACCCAAAAAGGACUCGACCCACAUCAACAACCACAUCAACCACCACCACAACAACAACCACAACAACCACAACACCAGCACCGGAAACUACAAGCUCACCCGUUAUCCCAGCAAAUUUAUCUAAUCAACUGACCCCAGAGCUUUUGGCAGCCGCAUUGAAACUGGCCCAAGCUCAAAAUCAAGGAACCUUAAGAUCGCAGCCAAGUAACGAUAACCUUUAUCAGCUUCUUCAACUUGUUCAAAGUUUAGGCGGAGUUGAUAAAGUUCAAGCUCUUCUAUCGUCUAGUAAUGGAGGUCGAGUCAAUGGCGAUUCUAUUGAUGCAAAUUCCCCGUCAAAUUAUAAUACACUUAUCGACACUGAUUCCUCGAUCUCAAGUUUAUCUCGAGACGAUGCAUCUUUAUCGACUUCAUCGUUCUUUUCACCUUCUUAUGUUACACCCAAUCGAAAUUUACCUGAAACAGAUUCAAGGAGAGUUCGAAGUGAAUCUGCAUUCACUGAUCUACCCUCGAACCAAGUGAGACCUCGAAGGCCACAGUUUGAUCAAGGUCUUGUCUCAACAGUAUCUCCAUCAGGUUCGGAUGAUAUUAGAAGACAAAAUGUCGAUCCUUCUGGAAGGACUAAUUCACCUUUUAGCUUUGUUUAUAAUGAUCCCGAUGGUCGAUCUGGUUCAUCAUCAUCUUCAGCUCCUCGAAGUUCAAUAGUCCAUCAACCUGGAUCAGGUCCAGUUCCAAGUGAAUAUAAACCUGACAAUCGAUCAGUUGACGGAUUUUUCGUUUACAAUACUCCAGGUCGAUUCGGUGGUCAAUCUUCAACCCGAUCUGUUCUUUUUGCUACUGAAUCUCCCGUGACAAGGGUCGAGAAUAAUCGUGAAUCCUCUGGGGAUGAUGUUCGAGUGCCUAUUAGAGUAUCAGCAGGAAACGUUUUCAGAUUCCCCGGAGAGACCGGAGAAAUAGCCUCAUCUCCAGCGAUUAUUGGAACAGAUUCUGGACCAAGACCUGUGCCAGUUGUCGGAGGAAAUGAAGGUUUAGUCGGGGUAGAAGGAAGACCAAGACGUCGCCCAACUCGAGUUCGAGUUCAAUCUGCAUUUAGUGUUGCCGACCGACGAAAGCCAGGAAAUAAUUUCCAAGAUGAUCUAAAUAAUAAUUCACCAUCUCGUCGUCCACAACCUAAUAUCGAUUCCCCUGCAAUCGAGCAACCAAUUUUACCCAACGGAGAUCAAUCUGGACCACCACCACCUCCUCCGGUGUUCGUAUCUCAUGAUCCAUUAACAACUCGAAGACCAAGAAAACGUCCACCCCAAAGACCUCAUAUUUUGAUCAACAAGGAAGAAGAAAUCGGUAAUCCAAAUGAUGCUUUAAUCGCAAUUCCACCACCAAAUAUACCAGAGGUGAGACAUCAACUACCCGUUCAUCCUCGAGAACCUGAAGCACCUUUAAGACCAAUAACAACAGCACCUCCAAGUAACAGAUUGAGGGCAACAUCGCCAAGGACAAACUAUGACGACACUUAUACCGAUCUACAUUCCUUGACUAUGCUCACAGUGAUUCAGGUUCAGCUGAUCUUAUACCAGUAACAACAACGACAACAACUACGCCUCGACCUUUACCUGUACAAACAAGACGAAGUCGACCUCGAAACCCACCAACAACACCUUCACCAUCUUCACCAAUCGUGACAACACCUAAACCAAGAAGAGUAGUAACUG